AUGGGUGUUACGGGGCUGUGGGAUGUCCUUCGUCCAGCUGCAGAGACACGCUCUCUGACACACCUCGCCGUCGUGGACGGUUUCGAAGCGAAUCCAUCAGGCGUUCGCGGCCUACGCAUUGGCAUCGAUGCCUCCAUCUGGUUCUUUCACGCCGCGUAUGGCCGUGAAGGUGAGAAUCCGGAGCUCCGAACGCUCUUCUUCAGGUGCACGCGCCUCAUGAGCUCUCCCUUCUUGCCAUUGUUCGUUUUUGAUGGGCCCAAGCGGCCAAAUGUGAAAAGGGGAAAGCGAAUUAGCGGAAAUCAGCACUGGCUGACGAACGGAAUGAAGAGCAUCAUUGAGGCUUUUGGGUUCGAGUGGAGAAUGGCCCCGGGAGAAGCUGAAGCUGAGCUUGCAUACAUGAACAGCAUCGGCAUCAUAGACGCUGUCCUCUCCGACGAUGUUGAUAACUUCCUCUUCGGCGCGAUUAUGGUUAUUCGAAAUCCAAGUUCCGCUCUCUCUGGCAACCGUGCACAUAGCAACAAGAACGCGGACGGACGCGAAGACGGGAAUCACUCCGCCGUGUACACCGCUCGCGCGAUCCGUGAGCACCCCGCCAUCCAGCUCACCCGCGGUGGCCUCAUCCUCAUCGGCCUCCUCAGUGGGGGAGAUUAUCACCAAGCGGGUCUUCCACGCUGCGGCACCAGCAUCGCGCAUGGGCUAGCCAAGUGUGGAUUUGGCGACCAGCUACUCGAGGCGGCGCGCACGCUCUCACGGUCCGCGCUUGAAGAAUAUCUCGCGAAGUGGCGCGAUGCCGUCCGCGCCGAGUUGCGCACAAAUGCGCGCGGCCAUCUCGGGAAGCGGCAGCCGGCGCUAUCGAAGGCGGUGCCGGAAAAUUUCCCGGACGUCGAUGUGCUGCUGUCCUAUACGGACCCGAUCACGAGCGAGACAGAUGCAGGGGCACGACGGACGCAUGUGCCGCCGACGUGGGUGCGCGAGCCGGAUCUAGGGAAGAUUGCGCAUCUGUGCGAGGUGCACUUUGAGUGGGGUAUAAGAGAGGUGAUCGUAAAGCGAUUCAGGUCCGUGUUGUGGCCAAGUGCGGUGCUUCGGAUACUGAGACGCGCUGUAUUGGAGAGGGAUGAGAAGGAGGGUGGGGACGAGAUGCCGAGAACGCCGAGGAAGAAGGGGAAGGAGCUCGUAGUCGGGACGCCGUCGAAGAUGCUCGCAAGGCAUUUCUCAUCCCUGCAAUUGGAGGAAUCUACUGGAGGUGGCGACGACAACGAUGAUGGGAAGAAAUUGAUUGUCAAGAUUCACUCUUCGCGCACCCAUGCAUCCACCGAUGGUAUACUCGAAUAUCGACUUGAGAUCGCGCCGGAGCAGCUCGUGCGCAUGUCUGAGGCCGGCAUUCAGGGGGUUCGGAAGGCUGCCGAUACAACUUACGACGUGGAGCGGUCAGAGCCCGAGUCAGAUGAAGACGGCGAAGAGGGCGAUGGCAAGAGGAAGAAAUCCAAGUCUGCACCGGUGGACCCCAAUACUCAUCUCAGAAUGUGGCUGCCGGCAUGCAUGGUCGUGAUCGUCAGGCCGGAUCUGGUUGAUCAGUUUGAAGCUCUCGAGGAGAAGAAGCGAGCAAAGAGGGCGCACAAGGGCACACGUGCGGUUACAAAGUCUAAAGGCGGCGUGUCAAGUGGAUCGAAGGCAAGCCGGGGUGGAAAGCAGCGUGCUCGCCUUCCUCCCAUUGAAAGUGAUGAAGGAGAAACUUUCGACCUGGAUGCAGAGAUAGCAUCGGGUGACUCCGAAGAUGGCGCUCCUGCUAUGGUGGGGAAGACCACAACCAAGGCAACUCUUGAUCAUGGCGAGCAACUCAGUAUCAAGGAUCUGCCUCGCGUUCGAAAUAAGACGAGCAAACUUGCAACUCGGGUCCCCGGUACACCAUCUGCACCGUGCAGCCCGACGAAAGGCAAGGGCAAAAUAAGUGCUAUGUCUUACCAUGGUAGCGCCAUUCUAUCUCUCUUGGAAGCUGGGAAGAAUCGCCCGCGUAAACCCUUGACCUACAGGGAGCCUUCGCCACCAGCCACCUCAUCUGUCAUCAAACCUUUCCCCGUGGCUUUCGAAGAGGAGGAAGAGUCUAGCGCUGGUUCCUCCGACUCCGACAUGCUGCCUCUCCCGCUCCAACCACACACCUCUGUAACACGUCAGCCAUCACAACCCCGUCGACGCCUAGACCAUUCGCGGCCUUCUGACUCUGACUGCGUUGACCGUUUCACGAAGUCUCCUCGAAAGCAUGCUAAGCAUACAUCACCCCGCAAACUUGAUCCCCAUCGUGACCGGAUGUCAGGAACCUUGCCAAUAGUCACAACAAAAGCGACACCCACCAGCAGACGGUCAAUCUCUCCGACACAGUCUCCUUGUAGAAGCCAUCACUCCAUUCUUCAUAGGCCUCACUCUCACUCCCGUUCGCUUGCACAUUCAUUUCCAAGGGCGAAUACAAUCGUACGCCAUAUGGCGACCACAAGCGACACUAUUAUCGAGAUAUCAAGCGAUAGCGAUUCGGAGAACCGCUUCGCCUCGCCUCCUCGACCUCAACUGGAAACAAGAGUAGGCGGAAAUGUGUCCGUCUUUGAAAUAUCAAGUAGCGACUCCGAUUCUACCGUGCCUCUACCGGAGACACGUAGUCCCUUUCUCCCCCUCUUGGCUGCACGGAGGAGGAUGAGAGCUGGAGGUGCACCCCUUGAAAGUCAACCAGCGGUCAAAAGAUCCCCAUGACACCAGCUGCGACUACACUAUCUAACAUUGCUUUCUCCCAUAUUAUAUCUGAUACCAUGUAUGCUUUGUUGAUAUUUUACAUUUUGUUUGGAGUUACAUUCAGGUCCUAAAACGCCAGGGUCAAAGCUCAAGCGCUCAAAGGGGUCAUACAAUGUCAGCGUAAGACAUCAUGAUGGGAAAAUGGGAUAAAGAACAAGAUUAUACGGACAAAUAUCCUGGAUGCAUUAGGAGUUCAUCGAAGGCAUUGUCACCUCUCGUACACUUCAGCAACGGCCGUUCGUUGUAUAUCCCCGCAACUCUCUGUUUCCUACAACAUCAAAAGGCCAUUGUAAAAUCCCGAUACGUCUCUUGCUGCAAGAUACCAUCAACAGGGUCGGUCGGCGCAGCUGCUGGCAUCUGAUCUCGGAAGCGCUUGAUCGACUCUAGACGUUCCUGCCAGUUCGUCCGCUUUUCCACGCGAACGGUAUCAUUGUUUGUAUAUUGAAAGACUGAGGCAAACCAGUCGGCUAGCAGACUGAGUUGCCGCACAAGCAGAGGAAGAUUUUCGGCGGAGAUGAGCUUGAAAUUUCCGACAGGAGUAAAUUCUGUCAUGCCUGCCGCACGUUGAAUCGUCACCCGGAAAUAUUCAUUCUCAUGCAGGUUGUUGGAGAAUGCUGCGAUGGCUCCUAAUGAAUGCGGCUCUAUGACGAUAUUGACGAACUGGAACUGAGUGGUCAGUGUAUCAAAUCUGUAUGGCAGUCCAGAGUCAUUCCAGACGAUGCGAACAAAAUCAUUC